GAGCAGACGGAUGAUGAGGGAAGUUUUCUGGCUGGGCCUUAUGCAAACUCUCUGGCUUCUUGGUGGGGCCUUCCUGCUGGUCGGGGAGACAGAGGCGUGCAGAGAAGUAGGAAAACAGAAUCAGUCGGACCGUUGCUCCUUCAUCCAGCAUAACCCGAACUGCAAGAUGGACAGUGGCUUCCUCAACUACCUCAAUGGAAUUUUCUGCGUCUUCCCAGCUGCUCUGCAACCUUUGGCCAUAACCCUCUACGUACUGUGGCUUCUCUACCUCUUCGUUAUCCUUGGGGUCACAGCUGAGAAAUUCUUCUGCCCUAACUUAUCGGCCAUCUCCACCAAGCUGCGGUUGGCUCAUAAUGUGGCACCCUUCCUCCAUGGUGUCACCUUUCUGGCUUUUGGAAACGGAGCACCUGACAUCUUCAGCGCCGUCGUUGCGUUCUCCGAUCCCCGGACAGCUGGGCUAGCCAUUGGAGCUAUCUUUGGUGCUGGCAUCUUCGUCACCACUAUAGUCGCUGGUGGCAUAGCCCUUAUAAGGCCUUUUACUGCCGCCUCUCGUCCCUUCCUACGGGAUGCCAUCUUCUACAUGUUCGCCGUGUUCCUGACCUUUGUAGCUCUCUAUUUUGAACAAGUCACCUUGGCAGAAGCUCUGAGUUUCCUUGGACUUUACAUCUUCUACGUCUUGAGUGUUGUGGUCUCCACCUGGCUUCACAGGAGACAGCGCAGGGAAAGAUUGGCUCCACCCAGCCAUCCAGAACCAGAAAUGUCAACGGAUUCCGAAGAAGGUGAUAAUGCAAGCGUGAAUGGGGAGGAAGAAUAUCAACUGUUGCUGCCCUCGGAGGAAACCACAUUCCAGAUUCUGACUCGGUCCAUCAACCCUCUGGAUUAUAGGAAGUGGAGGAGGAAACCCUGCUAUUGGAAACUGUUCAAAGUUUGCAAGCUUCCAAUAGAAUUGGUCCUUUUACUGACCGUACCUACCGUUGAUCCUGACCGGGAUGAUCAAAACUGGAAAAGGCCUCUGAAUUGUCUACACUUGAUCACCGGCCCGCUCGUCUGCAUUCUCACCUUGAAAUCUGGAACCUAUGGUCUCUACAAGUUCCAGGGGGUGUUCCCAGUCUGGGGUCUCAUCGCCGUGGUAGGAGCUACUUUGGCUGCCCUCCUUUUUUGCACCACCAGAAAUGAAGAACCACCCCGGUGCCAUUUUCUGUUUGCCUUCCUGGGAUUCUUUAUCAGCGCCAUGUGGAUCAACGCUGCAGCCACCGAGGUGGUGAACAUCCUGCAGACUUUAGGCAUCAUCUUCCGUCUCAGCAACACAGUCUUGGGCUUGACCCUGCUCGCCUGGGGAAACAGCAUCGGGGACAUGUUCUCCGAUCUCACCAUGGCACGGCAAGGUUACCCCCGAAUGGCUUUUUCGGCCUGUUUUGGGGGUAUCAUCUUCAAUAUGCUUGUUGGCGUCGGGCUGGGCUGCCUAUUGCAAAUGUCCAGCAGCAAAUGGGUAGUCAAGCUCGAACCGGAUGGCCUCUUGGUAUGGAUUCUAGCAGGCGCCCUGGGUCUCAGCCUGGUUAUUUCUUUCCUUUCGGUGCCUGCCCAGUGCUUCCAGCUGGGACAAGCUUAUGGGUACUGCCUCAUAGUCUUCUACCUGGCUUUCCUGACCAUCGCGCUGCUGACCGAGUUUAGGGUGAUCCGAAUUUCCACUUUCUAAAUGAAGCAUCUCUCCUCUGAAGAUCCCACCGACGUCUCCCAAGGUUGAACCUGUUAUUUACUUGAAGUUGGUGCCUUUUGGAAUAAAGGCUUGCUGGCAAGGUCAAAAAUAGAACUCGGUACCCAGAUGUUGAUGCCGGCCACUGCGAAAAGGAUGAUCAAUGAAAACUGGAACCAUUGCUGUGACAUUACGGGGUUGGCUUGCAUCAGUCACAGCCUUUUUAUUUGAUUUGGGGAUUUUAGAACCAAAUCAGGAUUACAGGACUCCUGAGACAUCUUUGGUCCCAACCCCCAUCAGUGUUAGCUUUUCUAAAGGAAAACUCCUUGUUUGGAUAGCCAUAUAUUUUUUUUUAAGGGAUCCUUUUUAAGAAAGGAGAUUUUAUUAGAAGUAUUUUUCAGUUCCUGAAUUGAAGCUUGAAUGCAUCCGAGGUAUGUACUGAAUUCUUCAUCCGUUCGUCACCUCCAUCUGGAAGCAGGUGUGUUUUC